AUGGUUACAAGGGAUUGCAUCAUUUUGUUGCUGGUGGGCCUGUGUUUGCUGUUGGACUACAGCAUCCAGUUCCCUUCAGAGAUUCAGCUCCCGCGCAGAAAGACUGGCAGUGUGAAAGCAAUGAAGAGAUGGAUGAGAAAUAACCAUUUAAGGACAGGAUUGAGGGACACGUCAGUCUCAGAGAGUGAAAUGAGGGUUCAGAGACACAGAACAUUGAGGAUUCACCGAAUGAGAAGAGGAUGGGUGUGGAACCAAUUUUUCGUCCUUGAAGAGCACAUGGGAGCUGAACCACAGUAUGUUGGAAAGCUUCAUACAGACUUUGACCAUGGAGACAAUGUGGUGAAGUAUACCCUGUCAGGAGAAGGAGCAGGCUCCAUUUUCACCAUAAAUCAAAUUACAGGAGACAUACACGCACUGAUCAGCCUCGACCGAGAGGAAAAGUCCUCCUGCAGACUUCUUGCACAGGCUGUGGAUAUGGAUACAGGCUGCCCUCUGGAGGCUGCGACUGACUUCAUCAUUAAGGUGCAGGACAUUAACGAUAAUGAGCCACAAUUUUCAGAUGGCCCCUACAGCGCCAGUGUCAUGGAAAUGUCAUCAGCAGGAACCUAUGUGACCCAGGUGACUGCCACAGAUGCAGAUGACCCCACAUACGGCAACAGUGCACGUAUCAGCUACAGCAUUCUUCAUGGCCUGUCAUACUUUUCUGUUGACCCCAAAACAGGAGUGAUCCGGACAGCUUUGGCUAACAUGGACCGGGAAGUGAAAAUGGAGUACCACGUUCUUCUACAAGCCAAAGAUAUGGGAGGUCAUCUAGGGGGACUGGCUUCCACCACCACCAUAAAUAUCACUCUCACUGAUGUGAAUGAUAACCCACCACGCUUUUCUAAGAGUGUGUUCCUUUUCCAGGUAUCAGAGUUUGCAUCAGUUGGUUCAGAAGUGGGCCAGGUUGCAGCAAAUGAUCUGGAUAUUCGUAAAAAUGCAGAGAUGGAUUAUUCGAUUGUUCCAGAUGAGCACAACAUGUUUGACAUCAUCUCUAAUGGCCGGGAGGGAAUCUUGUUGCUGAAAAGGACUCUCGACUAUGAAACCAAGAUGUCAUACACCUUCAAGGUAGAGGCCCAUAAUGUUCACCUGGGAAACUGCUUCCUCCACCUGGGACCUUUCAAGGACUCAGCUACAGUGAAGGUGAACAUUCUAGACAUGGAUGAGUCUCCGGUGUUUACUCAGACCCAUUACACAUUGGACGCAUAUGAAGAUGCUCCUCCAGGAAGCAUUAUUGGUUCUGCUCAUGAUCUUGAUACCAGCAGCAGUGCUAUCAGGUAUUCACUGGACUGGCACAGCGACUCUGAUCACAUCAGCUAUAUUGACAUUGACAACAUUGAUGGAACCCUUUUUACUACUGAUUUCCUGGACAGAGAGGCAGCUGUUCAGCACAACAUCACUGUGCUGGCAACCAAAGUCAACAACCCAACUCUGUCCGCCAAAGUGUCAUUGAGUGUUAACAUUCUAGAUGUGAACGAGUUUGCCCCUGAGCUUGUGGUUCCAUCAGAUACCUUCGUCUGUGAAAACUCCAGAGUUGGCCAGGUGAUCCAGACAGUCAGUGCUGUGGACAAGGACCUGCCUCCUCUCGGUCAAAGGAUAUUCUUCAACUUUCCAAAAGAGCUUCGGAACAGAAAUUUCACCAUUCGAGAUUUUGUAAACAACACAGCUGGCAUCGUGACAUGAACCGCAAGCUUCCAGCGGCAGCUGCAGGAUGCGUUCAUUCUUCCUGUUGUGGUUGAAGACAGCGGUUAUCCGGCCCAAAGUAGCACAGCGACUCUCACAAUUCGAGUGUGUUCCUGUGAAAGCAGAAGCUCACUGCUCACGUGCUCCACUGAAGGCUUCCUUCUCCAUUUAGGUCUCAGCAGCAGAACUUUGAUGGGUAUUCUGCUGUGUGUUGGUAUUUCAAUGGCUGGAGCUGUGUUCUACAUGGGCCACAAAUGCCAAAAAGGCAAGGAGAUUCUGAUAUCAUCAAAGGAGGAUAUCCAAGAUAAUGUUGUUCACUACAAUGACGAAGGUGGCGGUGAGGCACCUUGCGCAACACACACCUUGCGCAACACACACUCACAAUUUACCAACAGCCACAACAGCACCGAGAAGAAGGAGAAACGUGGUUAUGGCGACGGAGUGCUACUACUGCAUUUCGGCAACUACCAUUUGUCUUGUUAUUCCCCCGUUACAUUGGAGGCGGAAUGA